AUGACAUGGAAAAAAGAAAUACUAAAUCAUCUAAUCAGAUAUGACCCCGCUGUGGCCCUUCUCUGCAACUUUAGUUUGAAAUCUGAUGAAGAACUUUUUUACGACGUUACUUGGUUUAUUGAUGGACAAGAAGUUUUAAAUCAGACUGUUGAUGAAACCAGUAAUUACACUGCUGUGAUAACAGCUCAUAAUAUGUUGAGAGCCGAGAAAAAGAUAGGGUCUCACGUACACUGCAAAGUUGGUGCAAAACGUAAAAAAGCAAACAGUCCAUGUCUUUUCAAAGUUGGAAAUUCAUUCUUUGCUGGAAUUAAGAUUCUCAAUCCAAGUAUUGAGUUGGAGAGAAAAGGAUCUAAGAAUGUCGAAUUAGAGAUGACAAUACCAUUUGCCUCUGAAUCGCUUUAUAUUAAUGGAGUUCCACAACCAGUUAGCGACCUGAACAUUCAUAUGACCUUCAAAACAGAUGAUCCGUCUAAAUGUAGUGGAGGAGGAUCAUCUAAUCAGUGCGAGGUCAAAGUAAAAAGCUAUAGCUACAACGAGAAACACAAGUAUGAAAACGGCGAAUGGAGGCAAAGUAUUUCAUUUCCGGUUUACAGCCAGGAUACGGAUGGUUACGUCAUCAAUAGUCACAUGACCCUUAACUUAAAGACAGGCGGUACUAACGGGGUUGGCAGUAAAAUAUUUGAGCAUGUGUCCUUGCCUGAUAUCUCGAUAAGUGUUCGAGAAGGAAAUGAACAAUGGAAAGGAAGAUCGUGUGGUGUUAGAGCGGAUCCACAUAUGUAUACUUUUGACGGAAAAUCAUACGAGUGUCAGAUACCUGGAGAAUUUAUAAAUUAUCGAAAUCAACAUCAACUACAAUGGAUUCAGUCCAAACACCACUUAUGUUUCCCGUCGUAUGAUGGACCUUGGUGCGUCUGCGCAGUGGCAGCAAGAGCAGGAAGAGAUGUCUUUGUCAUAGAUUUGUGUGGAGAAAAUAAAAUCAUCAGUUAUGAACUUUGCGAGGACAAUGUUUUGAAAGUCACGAAAAUCCACGACAAAUACUAUAAGAUAUAUUUCCCCACUGGUACUUCACUCGCCAUAUAUAUAAUGGAAUGGAACAGACAUUAUAUCAUUGAUCUUGAAAUUCUACCCUCUGCUAUGGAUGUAGGGAAUGCCGAUGGUUUAUGUGGAUAUUUUGAUGGUGUGAUGGAAAACGACUUCAGAAGGCGAAACAGUACUAUUAUAGAUGACAUCGGUCUGAGUUAUCCUAAUGACUUCUCCGAGUCAUGGAAGAUUCGAGACAACGAAAAUCUCUUCAGCGGCGACUCUUUAGUCUACAACAGUUUGCAAUCUGUGUCGACCAUUCUUGUUCCUCAUUGUACAUGCACUGAGAGCGGGAAAACCCAAUGCUCCUACAACACGUUCACACCUUGCAACUCAAACCGAGGCAAACAGUAUGAAUGUAAUGUAGACCUUGUACAAAACAGAAGACGAAAACGGGAUGUGUCCGAUAUGUUCAAGGAGAGGGAUCCUUUAAUCAGAAAGAAACGCACGGUUUCCUACGUACGGACGACUGAAUACUCCGAGAGAGUUUGUCUACAGGCUUUUGAAAAUUCACCUGAAUACAACACGUGUCAACAACAUGUGACUGACCUUAGUAAUGUAACCUUAUCCAACUGCAUUGAAGACAUAAGAAUGACAGGCGAUGAGAACCUAACGAACAUUCACGUCGAAGCCGCUCUACAGCAAUGUUCAACGUUUGUCCUUUUAAAUGCCACACUGCAAGAAUCAGAACCGGAAGUGACCUAUACAAUACAAAACCUCUGUCCAAGCAACUGUACCGGACAUGGAACUUGUGAUGGGGGAAACUGUACAUGUGACACUGGCUUUGGGGGGAGCGACUGCUCCUUUGAUUUACUUGGACCUCCCACAAUUACAAGUGUUCCCAGUGCUGGUCUUUGUGAUCUCUCUACUACAACCUGUAAAGAGGCCACCAUCUUGGGAAAAUAUUUCUUUGAAAACAUGGACUCCAUAUGUUAUCUUACCGUAAAACAGAGCAAUAUUAACCAAACGGAGGAAAGUGAGCACAAGAGACAGAUGACUUUACAAGAGAGAACCUUAUUUGAGGGAUUCUGUCCGCUUCCGUAUGACACAUCUGGUAUCUGGACGACUGAAGUCAAGUUUAACAUUUCAAAUGACGGAGUACGUUUCACAGACACGUAUCAAGUUAUUAUAUAUCAGUCUCAUUGUCAGGAGUACCACAAUGAAUCCGGAAAUGUGUAUUUCACCUUAAAGGAAAAUUUCUGUUUCAUCGACGGUAAAUGCUUCAGUUCCAUGCAGAAUAGUUCCAUCAAUGAGUGUCUAUACUGCAAUACAACAAAUGAUAAAUUCAACUGGACAGAAAAUGAAUCCUGUGGACAAACAACAACAGAAAGUAUGACAACAACAAUGAUCCACACACACACAUCGUUUAGCUCCACAGAACAAAUAGAAGAGACUACAACUUCUAUAACGACUGCUGCACAAGAUGAAACAACAUAUACCAAAGCAACCUCUCCGAUCACAACUACAGAAAACGAACAUGCAUCUAUGGUGUCCGAUUCUUCUUCCAUUAAACCUACAACAUUAGCAUCGACAAUAACAACAGUAAGUUUUGCUGACACAACACCUGAGACAGCAGAGAUGACGGAGGAUCUAUCAACCACAACUGCUGAAACAACAGCAGUGAUAUCAACAACCGAUUCAGCAUCAACUUCAACAACAAUAGCAUUGACGACACUGGAAACAACACCAGCACUCACUACAAACCCGCCAACUAAAACAAUCAAAGAAACAACUUCGAGCUUGACAACAACUCAACCAAUCACGUCGCCAUCAUCUACAAAACCGACAUCUACAUGGAAAAUGACAACUACAAGUAACACAGAAGCAUUGACUUCCUCUCAAUCGUCAACUUCCGAAUCAUCAACAACAUCGGUAAUAAGUACUGACGGCAAAGCAACUGCGAAAGAGGAUACAUCUUCAACUACAACAAUUAGCGAAACUAAAUCAACCCUGAGUACAUCAACCUUGAAAUCAACAGAAACCUCAGCAGAACGUGUCGACACAACUACUUCCACUAAUACAAAAGAUACCAAAGGAGAAUCGACUCAUUCCAAAGUUAAAAACACCCAUUUGAUCGUUGGAGCCUCGACGUCCAUUGUUGGAAUUGUAUUAAUUAUGAUAAUCAUAGGACUGGUAGCCAGAAAAUGUAGUAAAUCGAAUAAAUGUCCAGAAACCCAUCAGGAAGACAUUGGACCAAUCAGAAACUGGAGAGACCUCGUUUUGGUGGGAAAACAAAACCCAGGGUUUCAGUACAAUGCUAAUUCGUCCUUAUCCUACAAUGAAGAUUCCUACGUUCCACACGCACCUCUACAUCAUUUCGAAUCAAGUGGAGGGUCUUGUCAUAAUGCAAACGCCAGUAAAUAUCAAAGACACUAAAUUUGACAAUUCUGUCUUUUCUUUCGUGUACAGAGCUAGUAUUUAUCCUUUCAAAUACACACUUGUAGAAUACUCUGUAUUCAAACUUGAAUAUUCCAAUGAUUAUAUACAGUGUUUGUUUAAUGUUUUG